AUGACGAGUGUUCGGAGGAGAAUGGUAGGGAGAUUUGGUUGCUGUAUCAGUCUGUCGGGAAAAUAAUGGCGGCUCGCCAUUAUUUUCCCGUCUGCGGAGAUUUUGGAGAGAGUUGAGGCGAUUGUAUAGGAGAAAUUUAAGAGUUUUUGACUAAUUUAUAUUGGUUUAUAUCACUUUAGGUCAAAAUUUUUGAUUUUUGGUAUAAAGUAAUGGUGUUGAGCUUCCAGUCGAACCCAUACUCAUCCCUCUACGCGAUACACUCCAUUCAACCUCAGGAACCACUAGAACCACCCGUAGAACCAGCCCCGUCGACAUCGGAAGGCCUAGUAUCAUAUGAAGAAUCUCCGACGAAGCCUCAAUGUUAUGAGACCGAUCCCACCGAGAUUCACACUUAUAACACAUGGCAUCAGAACUUUUAUCAGCGACCCACCCCUUUUUAUCCCGGACCACCACUGGUCCCAGUACAGCCGGAGAAAGAAGUGGUGGAGCAGAUUAAUUUGGCAGCCAGAUAUGUCGCUGCGAAUGGAGCAUACGCUGAGAGACGGUUAUUGGGUAAGUAAUAAAGAGUGUGAAGAUUAAUUUUCAACUUGGUUUGGACAGUAAUUUUGGUCUUCAACGCGAAAAAUGACAGGUUUUGACAUCAGAUGUCUAGUGUAAUAUAAUUUUUUGGAAGAUUGUACUGUUCUGAUGAUCUGACUGGAUUCUUUUGCAGAUAACCGCACUCCACUCAGCUUCCUCUACCCCGACAACCCGAAUAUCAUAUUCUACCACACGAAAAUACGGUAUUUUCAAUGCAAAUUGAACCCCUAUUCGGCCGCCUUCACCAAGAGCAAAUAUUUUUAUAUGAUGGAAGGCAAUGAAGCAGAGAAUAACCAUCAGAAUGGACUGGCAAAUUCAGCGAGAAUUGGAGGACAACGUUAUGAUCAGCCAUCGACAUCAGUGGGAUAUAAAAUUUUGGGAAAUUCAAAUUUGGGCGGAAGUGGACUGAAUCAGAAGCUUGAGAGCACGGUAAUAACUGUGCCUUCUGCUCCAGAACCUCCCAAGCCUCAGCAAUUCCCCGGAUUCGACGCUGUUCCUGAUGAAGCCGACGAAAAAGUGAAGCAAUUGCGGAAAGAGAGGGCCCGACAAUUUAUGGCAGACCUUUUGAAAAGAAAACGCAAUAAAAAUGAGGAAAAUCGACCGGUCGAUAAGGCUGAAGACGUCAAACAGUCUGUGAGAGAGGCUUUCGGAGAGGAAGAGCAGAUCACGGAGUAUCGGAAGAGAAGCGACGACGAAAAAAGACGGAGGAAAGUAUUGCACCUCCCGAGAAGGUGCUACCCGGAUUAA